UUCUUUUUGCUUCGACUGCUUAACUUUUUCCUUCUUUCAUUAUUUGACUUAAAUCAAAAUAGAUUCAUUAAACAAAGAUGGUGAGAUUUCUUGGGAUUGAAAGUCUGACUCUUCUCUCUCUUCUGAUGGGCAUUACAGAGGCCCAGCCACCUUCAGCUUGUGGCCGAUUUAUCCCCUCUUCCCGAAUAGUAGGAGGUUCAGUCGCUGAAGUGGGUUCAUGGCCAUGGCAGGCCAGCGUACAGAUAUUAGAGUCACAUCACUGUGGGGGAACCCUCAUUGCCUCACGCUGGGUUCUCUCAGCAGCACAUUGCUUUGCCAGUCUCUCAGAUCCCUCUUUAUUUGCCAUUCUUUUGGGAUCCUACAAUCUCUCCAAUCCUGGACUAGAGUCGGUACUAGUAAAGGUGAAGCAAAUUAUCAUACACUCCAACUACACUGAGCUCAUAAAAGGCCAAGAUAUUGCGCUAAUAGAACUUGAAACCCCUGUGAAUUUCACCCAGCAUAUCCAGCCUGCCUGUUUACCAGGAUCUUCCAUUGUCUUCCCUCCCAGAUUGGGUUGUUGGGUUGCAGGCUGGGGGAACAUUGGACCACAAGUCCCACUUCCUGAACCUGAGCUUUUGCAGGAAGUGCUUCUUCCCCUUAUUGACAGGGCUACCUGUGAGACUCUUUACAGUGACUACAAAAAGCCUGGGAUAGUGGAAGUAAUAAAAGAUGACAUGAUAUGUGCAGGCUACAUGGAAGGAGGGAAGGAUGCUUGCCAGGGGGAUUCAGGGGGACCAUUGCUUUGUCCAUGGAAUGGAGAUUGGGUUUUGGCUGGUGUAGUGAGCUGGGGAGAUGUUUGUGCUGCCCCCAAACGUCCUGGUAUUUAUAUUCGGAUUAGUGCCCACACCAGCUGGAUUUUGAGACAUGCUCCAGAAGUAAAAUCUAGUUUCAUUAAUGCCCUAAACCUAACUACCCCUUGCAAUGGAUGUUCCUUGGUUGCUUUUGCUAAUAUAGCUAUGCUUCUUUCAUUAAUUAACAAUAUUAUAGCUAUUAUUUUUAUAUAUUAACAAAACUUGGUAGAACAUGUCUGAAUUUGUCUAGAUUGCAUGCUGUAGUUUGUGGGAACUGACCUUUGUCAAAUCUGUAUGACUGCUUGAAGUGGGGAAAAAAAUGAAGCUUUGAUUUUGGGUUUUACCAAUUAGAUCGAUAGAUUCUUUAUAGAAACGGCUAGUUUAUAUUAUUAUAAAAAAGUUAUGGCUUGAUGUUAAUGCCUUAUUUUACUGCAACAGAGAGAAUCAGA